AUGGCACAAGCACAGCUCAAAUCAACCGCGCUUUUAACGCUACCUCCUGAGAUCCAAACGAAGAUCUUCUCCAAUCUUACGGUAUCUUUUGGCACCUCAAAUCUGCAAGGAGUUCUGAGAACCUGCAAGCAGCUAUACGAAGUCGCGCUGCCCUUAUCCGUGAGCAUCUUCCGAAACACGGUCCGGCACCCGAGAGGCCAAGGACCAUGCUCACGGGUGCGCAACGCACAAUUCCUGCGAUAUAUUCUGGUUUCCAAGCCCUGGCUUGCUGCGCAUGUCAAAACCGUCAUUUUGGGCCGAGUUUCGGAAGAUGGAGAGGACGCGGAUGGCAAAAAUCUGCCGCAGGACGUUACGGAAUCGGAACUUUCCGUUUAUCACCAACAUAUCAGAUUUAUCUUGGGUCAAUUGCCCUCCGAGUUUAACGACCGGUGGUGUUCUAGAUGGGUUGAAGACCUCAGAAGAGGUGCUUCGUCUGACGCUCAGGCCGCCUUGAUAUUACUUACCUGCCCCAAUAUCCAAAGACUACUCUUCGAGAAACCGUCAACCUCAUGCCACUUCAUCCGUUUACUACAAUUGGUACACAAUCUUCGGGACAUCCAUGAAUCAAUAUACUCUCCUGGCUCUGUCUGGACUGUCUCUCCCAGGAUGGUCAUUCCCCUCUCGAAUGUCCAAGACGUUUUCCAUGAGACAAUUGAUUGGAAGGGCGGUUACACAACCUUCUCUGUUGAAGGACCAUCAAUAUUCAGAUUCCCCCAAAUAAAGUCUUAUGAAUGUAUUUUGGCAUAUGGACACCAAGCGGCUGCUGAUAACUUCAGAGCUCUACCACCCAGGUCUUCCUCUAUUGAGAAGAUAACGCUGCGGAGUUGCCAUUGUUCGGCAAUGAUGCUCAAGAGCAUGCUAGGCGCCUGCAAAGCCCUCAAGAAGCUUGAAAUAUCUCACUUCCAGAUUCAUUCUGAGGACGCUUCUGUCAAGUUUAUGAUGCCGCGGGAUAUUCUUGAUGCUAUCCUGCCUCAUGCCGACACGAUUCAACAUCUCUACCUCAGUUUAGAAGAAGAAUUUGACAAACAGUGGAGCUGGAAAGCCUGUCCGGAGAGGCUGUACAUGGGAACAGGACUUCGUCAGAUGCACAAGCUGAAAAGGCUCACUUUGGGUAUGCAAGCUCUUGCUGGAAUGCUUCCAUCUCAACCAGAAAGUCGCAGUGAUGAUUCCUACGAUUGUCCAAUGCCACUGGAGAUCGAAGGAUCGGCACGAAUCAUCGAUUGUCUUCCUGAAGGUCUAGAGUAUCUCAAAAUCUCCGAAUGUGGAAUCAUGAUCCUGGAACAGGUGGCCGAGUUGCUCAACAUUAUCGAACAGGGAUAUCGCUUCAAAAGGCUCGCUUACAUUGGUUUGCUGUUUAGUGGCUGGCUAAUGCAGGAGGCUGAUGACCUAAAUGCCUUUGAAGCGCUGCGCUGCAAUGGUACCAAGGUGCGGUUGGAGAUGGGCAUCCAGAGCCAUAAUGCAUUCUAUCACGAUUUAGGCGAAGGCAUCCCAGAAGUUCUCAAAACAACCCGCUUUUUGCAUGAAGGAGAUGCCGAAGAGCUUGCGGAUAGGGAAGGAUACCGUAACACGAUGUCUCGAAUUUACGCCCCGCAUUGUCGACAGUUCAAUCUAAGAUCACGAGGUGCCUCUGACUAUCAGGCUGUCUGGUGUACAUGGAGAGAUGACCCUGAUACGUUUGUCGAGUAA